AUGGCGUAUAAAACGCCCAUUGGAAUGUCCCCUUACGUGCUUGUAUUUGGCAAAGCUUGCCAUUUACCUUUGGAACUUGAGUACAAAGCAUUCUGGGCAACCAAGAAACUCUACUUCAAUAUCGAUGCAGUAGGGGAAGCAAGAAAAUUGCAGCUGCAUGAGUUAGAUGAAUGGAGAUUGCAGGCGUACAAGAACGCCAAAAUCUAUAAAGAGCGCAUGAAGCAUUGGCACGACCAACACAUAAAACUAUUUGUAAUUAAGGAGAUCUACCCUCACGGAUCAGUGGAACUAACACAGGAGGACGGAUCAGACCCAUUGAAGGUUAAUGGUCAAAGACUCAAGCCAUACUAUAGAGGCAACAUUGAUCGCCAGAAAGCCUCCAUCGAAUUAGGCAAACCUGAAUGA